AUGGCUGGCAAAAUAGUAAAAAAGCCUGUUGGUAUCCUUUAUGACAUUUUGGUCCCAAUUAUUUUGGGAAGACCAUUUUUGGCUACAGGUAAGACGUUGAUUGAUAUGGAGAAAGGACAUCUGAUGCUGAGACUGAAUGAUGAACUGGUGACAUUCAACAGACUAGGUAUCAAAGCACUGACAGUUGUAAUCAUGAAUUUUGACUCUAAUGGUCUCGAGGAUUAUGAGGAUUUAGUAAGUGUACUGCAUGGGAGUGGUUAUAAUUUUGCGCCAUCGAAGCAUGAUUUAUACUUAAAGAAUAGAACUACUCUACCUGCUCGCCCAUCCAUUGAGGAACCACCGGUGUUAGAGUUGAAGACCCUCCCAUCUCACUUUCAAUAUGCAUUCUUAAGGGCCAAGAACAUUUUGCCAGUUGUUAUUGCAGUUGAUCUGAGACAAUCAGAAGAGGUGGUAAAGAAAGAAAUAAUCAAGUGGUUGGAUGCUGGUGUAGUAUAUCCUAUUGCUGAUAGCAAGUGGCGACAAGGUACAAUAUAUAGAAGACAUGAACUACUUAUGACUCCCGUUUUACAAUUGGAAGUGUUUGACGUAUGGGGCAUAGAUUUCAUAGGACCGUUCAUGAGUUCGUUUGGCAAGAAAUACAUACUUGUGGUUGUAGACUAUGUUUCAAAGUGGGUGGAAGCAAUUGCACUUCCUAACAAUGAAGCACGUAGUGUCACUGCAUUUUUGAGAAUGAACAUCUUUUCUUGA